UGGGACUGGGUUGUUUGGAGGCUAAAAUUGACCGGAUAAAUAAUACUUUGACCGAAAAGUUAUCCUCUUCUUGCCGGAUAACUAAUCCAACCAAAUCGGUGGGAUGGGAUUGGAAAUAUGGCGAUUAUUAUUCCAACAUCUUCACGAUACAUCUGAUGCACUCUCCCCUCUCCCCAAUCCCAUCAACUUUCUCCUCCCUGUCGUCGCGGAGGUCGGAACACCGUUUCCGUCGUCCUUGAUAUCGAGGUCGCCGAGGUCACAACCCAUACGCAGCCGCCGUCUCCCCGGCCUUUUGCUCGAGUUCCAUCUGAACUUAAGUAGAUGCUUGGUGCUACAGUAAUUGUGGUCUAUCUUAUUUUAACUAGCUGUCUGUCAUGUAAAGAUGACAAAAAAAUAGCCAGCAAAACGACUGCAGUUUUGUGAAGAAGAACCUAGAAAGCUUAGGAGUGUUUAGGCGGCCAUGGCGCCGAGAUCGUUGAUUCUUCAUCGCUUGAAUUCUUACUUCUCAGCUCAAAUCCAAAGGAACCAUAGACUUCUUAGCUCUGCUUCUUCUUCUGCUCUUCACGAAGCCCCUUCUUCUUCAUCAUCUCCAUCUACAUCCACAUCUACGUCUCCCGAUGCCGUUCACAUGACUGAAAAUUGUGUUCAACGAAUGAAAGAACUACAUUCUAGUGAAGCAUCAUCAGGGGAGAAAAUGCUUCGCUUGAGUGUAGAAAAUGGUGGCUGUUCUGGCUUCCAAUAUGUUUUUGAUCUCGAUGAGAAAACCAACCCAGAUGACAGGGUCUUUGAGAAGGAAGGAGUCAAAUUGAUUGUGGACAAUAUUUCAUAUGAUUUUGUAAAAGGGGCAACCGUUGAUUAUGUUGAGGAACUUAUUCGUUCUGCCUUUGUGGUAUCUACAAAUCCAAGUGCAGUAGGCGGCUGCAGUUGUAAAAGCUCAUUUAUGGUGAAACAAUAGUUCUGUAAGUACUGACUAUGAUCUCUCUAUAUCAAGUCAACUAGAUUCAACUUGGAAUGGAUAAAUACACCCAUUUAUUUGACAUGAUUUUUUCAAAUAAAAUUACAGUUAACAUAAGAGCCAUGCCUAUAAUGUUGUACAAUAUUAUUAAUGUCACUAGCGGCUUGUAUUGUACCACCAAUCAUAUGUUAAUGAGAUACCUUUUUUUGUUUUUUAUUUUUUUCUGUUAUAAUUGGGCGUUCGACAGCUUGUAUUGGAAGUUGAUUAAAAUUGGAUCUUGGGACAUCUGUAAGUUUGCCCACAUGUUACUACGUGGGCUGAAUUUUAUUGGCAAAUAUGAAAUGAACUUUGGUUCAGAGCUA